AUGGCGCUCACCACAAGCACUAAUAAUAACCAAGCUUUGCUUGACGCUCAGCUAGAGCUCUGGCACACUACCUUUGCUUACAUGAAGUCCAUGGCGCUCAAGUCUGCAUUGGACCUUGGCAUCGCCGACGCCAUCCACAGCCACGGUGGCAACGCCACCCUGGCCCAGAUAGGGUCCAGGGCCAUGCCCACGCUCCACCAGUCCAAGAUCCCCUGCCUGCGUCGCCUCAUGCGAGUACUCACGGCCACCGGCAUCUUCAGCGCCGCCCACCACGACGACGCUGGCGGCAGCGAGCUCGUCUACGGGCUCACGCCGGCGUCUCAGCUCUUGGUUGGCGGCUCUUCAAGCCUGACUCCCUUCCUGUCCCUGGUGUUGCAUGGGAUCUUCGUGUCCCCUUUCCUUGGCCUCGGCACGUGGUUCCAGCAAGAGCACUCAGAUCCGUCCCUGUUUGAGAUGACGCAUGGGCAGACUGCGUGGGAUUUGAACCACCACAACCCUGCCUUCGGCCAGCUCUUCAACCAGGGGAUGGUCUGUGACAGCAGCUUCAUCAUGGACAUCGUCGUCAAUGAGUGCGGCGACGUCUUCUGGGGGCUGAGCUCCAUUGUCGACGUCGCUGGAGGGUUCGGAGGGGCGGCCAUGGCUAUCUCGACCGCGUUCCCGCAUGUCCAGUGCAGCGUGCUGGAUCUCCCGCAUGUCGCCGCCAAUGCUCCCGCUAGCACCAGUGUGAAGUAUAUUGCUGGUGACAUGUUUGAGAACAUUCCACCGGCAGACGCCGUCUUCCUUAAGUGGGUUUUGCAUGACUGGGGCGAUGCUGAUUGUAUCAAGAUACUAAAGAAUUGUAAGAAAGCUAUACCUCCCAGGGAUGCAGGAGGAAAGGUGAUAAUCCUAGAUAUGGUUAUUGGGGGCCAAUCGUCAAACAUUAAGCACAAAGAGACCCAGGUCUUGUUUGAUCUCUACAUCAUGUUUAUCAACGGCGUCGAGCGAGACGAGCAAGAGUGGAAGAAGAUCAUUUUUGAAGCUGGAUUUAGUGAUUACAAAAUCAUACCCGUUCUUGGUGUUCGGUCCAUCAUUGAGGUCUACCCAUAA